AUUUCUAAAUAUUUCAAAUUUCGCCUCUUCGUCUUUCUUCCUCCUCCUCCUUUUAAUGUCUCUCGAUUUACGGGCCCAAAUCUAACUCUCUCUUUCUCUGUCUGUCUCUGCGCUUGAAUCGGGAGAAGAAAAAAAGUUAAGAGAGAGCUUCAAUGGAGAUAGUUUCCUUCCUUGGUAGAGCUCUGUUCGUGUCCGUGUUUCUUCUCUCCGCGUGGCAGGAGUUCAAUGAUUUUGGUGAUGAUGGGGGUCGAUCAGCUAAAUCCUUAAGACCAAAAUUCAAUGCCUUUGUUAGCCACGUCACAACUCAUACCGGCCAGCAACUGCCACCAGUCGAUAUGAAGCUUCUCGUUGCUGCUGCUAUAGCCUUGAAGGGUAUUGGGGGACUAUUGUUCGUCUUUGGCAGCUCAUUGGGAGCUUAUCUCUUGCUUCUGCAUCAAGCCGUUGCUACUCCGAUUCUGUAUGAUUUCUACAACUAUGAUGUUGACAAAAAGGAAUUUAGCCAACUGUUUUCAAAGUUUACCCAGAGUUUGGCACUCCUUGGGGCACUGCUCUUCUUCAUUGGAAUGAAGAACUCGAGGAGACACGGUAGGCAACUCCGGAAGAAGGCUCCAAAAGCUAAAGCAAACUGAAAAAAAAAGAAGAUGUUUUUUCAUCGGUUUAUUUCAGCUCUUGUAGCAAAAUCGGGUCUGUAUUUUGUUCAUUUUGAAAAUCCAGGAUGGGUUUAAUGAGUAAUGUGAUGAGGCUAUGGAAAAGGCAAAAUCUUUGCAAAUCAUUUUGCUUAUUUUUCAUGGAGCUUAGUGACGCUUUUUGUAGACACUUUUUGGUUCUCUAGAGAGUUACCCAUUUCAAUUUCAUGGAGUCUU